AAAUUUACGACAAACAGUUCAAUCUUCUUGAUUCAAUCAACCCAAAUCUCAAAAAGAAGAAAAACAAUUCUUACAACAUUCUGAUACAUACCCAAGUUCUUGAAUUUGAGUUUUUUUCUGAACAAAAAAAAAAACAGAGCACAAAAAAUGGAUAAACUUUUAACAACUUUGCUAUUCACAUCAAUCUUGUUUUACACUACUUAUGCUCAGAAUCUCGAUUGCUCAUCAUUUUCAUUCAGAAAUAACCAGAUUUUUGCAACUUGCAUGCCUCUACCUGUACUAAACUCUGUUCUUCACUGGACUUACUACCCAAAGAACCAUACAGUUGAUAUUGCAUACAGACACGGAGGUGUAACAGAUUCAGAUUGGGUAGCUUGGGGUUGAAAUAUCGAUGGAAAAAUGAUGGUUGGUACACAAUGUUUAGUUGCAUUUAGAGAUUCUAGUGGAGAAAUUCAUGCUUACACUUCCCCUGUUUCUAGUUAUGCAACUCUGUUAACAGAGGGGCCUUUGAGUUUCAAUGUUCCGAGAAUUAAAGCUGAGUAUUCCAAUAAUGAGUUCAUUAUUUUUGCGACUUUACAACUUCCUGCUGGAAGAACUAGUUUUAAUCAAGUUUGGCAAAAUGGUGCUGUUGUUGCUGGUAACAUUUUAACAGCUCAUGCUCAGUCUGGUGAUAAUCUCAAGUCUUUUGGAAGUGUUGAUUUUGCAAAUGGAUUAUAAUUUCUUUUUAUAAAGCUUUUGUUAAUUUCGAAUAAAAUACAGAGCAUAUGUUUGCUUUUUAUCAAAAAAUUAUGUUUUUAUGUUCACUCCACAAUAAGGGGCCUAUAACGGAUUUAUAAGGCUAGUAAAGUACUCAAAAUAUUUUGGGUGUUACGUUUCUUAUUUAAUAAAAGGUGUAUUUUUCUCUAUUUUUAAAUAAUUGAUUUUGUUGUAA